GCAGUUUUCUUCGGCACAGGGGAAGUUCCGAAGGAUAUAGUCUGAGGUUGGAGGGCAGGUAGUGCAUAACAAGUGUCAAGAAGAGGAGAGUGUACAACACCACGGUCUGGCUGCUGUGAAAAUGUUGGCCUGUGCUGUGCUGGCAUCCCUCUGUGCAGGACUAGUCUCUGCAACAGUCUGCCCAGAUGGGGGUCUGUGUCCAGACAGGAACACUUGCUGCCUGACCAAGGGAGGGUAUGGCUGUUGCAACGAUCCCUUUGCUGUCUGUUGUUCUGACCAGCUGCACUGCUGCCCAGCUGGCUACCACUGCAGCAGUGCAGCUCAGUCGUGUGUGAAAGACAGCAUGCCAUGGUACAGACUGGCAUGGCUGAAGCACACACCUGCCCAAGAACCUGAAUCCGCUCUCCUCAAGUUCUCUCUUCCUGAGUCUGACAGCAGAGCCAUUCAGGAGACAUCAGAUGCUGGUGUGGUGAAGUGUGACAACACCUAUUUCUGCCGUGAUGAUACAACAUGCUGCAUAGGCCGCUCUGGUAAAUGGGGCUGCUGUGGACACAAACAUGGUCAGUGCUGUAGGGAUGGCAUUCACUGCUGUCCAUUUGGCUUCUACUGUAACAGAAACUCUACCAAGUGCCUGAAAGGGGAUCUGAGCAUAGAUGCAACUCCCCAGCUGCCAGCUGUCAGAUCUGAUGAUGAACAGUCCAACCACAGAGCCAUUCAGCAGAGGCCACCAGCUGUUGAUAAACAACAUUGUGAUGAGGAUUAUUACUGCAGUGAUGGUCAAACAUGCUGUUUAAGCCCUAUUGGUACAUGGGCAUGCUGCAUGUAUUCACGUGGCCACUGUUGUAGGGAUGGCGCUCACUGCUGUCCAAGUGGCUACAUCUGUGACAGCAGCUCUUACAAGUGCCAGAAAGAUUAUCUGCGCAUAGCCGCCUCUCCCCAGCUGAAUGCCCUCAGAUUUGAUGGCUAUGAGCAGAGAGACUUUGCUGCUCCUGUACCCUGGUACACACUGGAGCUGGCCCCUGGAGAAGGCAGCGUGGCCCUGACCACUCAGGUCAUACGCUGUGACGGACGUUUCUACUGCCCCGACGGCAACUCCUGCUGCCAGUCACCCACUGGAGAAUGGGGUUGCUGCCCGCACCUGCAGGGCCAAUGCUGCCUGGAUGGUAAGCACUGCUGUGAGUACAAGUGGAAAUGUGACCCGACCUCCAUGAGCUGUGUGAAGGGAGACACCAACAUCCCUUCAUCUGCCAUGAGGGAGAUACAGCUACUGUGAUGCAGCAACACUGCUAUGGGUCUCAUGUGCAGAACUUCACAUCAGUGGGAUUCAUCCAUCAGCGCUUAGGAUGCACACUGCUCAGUCUUUCAUUGCUCACUGUUCAGUGUUAGCUUUUUGAUUUCCAUAUAAAAUAAUUAAGUUCAGAAAUCAUAAAAUCCUGAAAAGCAUCAAUAAAAACAGUAAAGUAAACAAUAAAGGCAGUAUGAUCUACACUUGGAAAUAAAAAUAUAUAUAUAUUUACACCUGA